AUGGCAAGCAAAAAACGUGAAGUCCAGCUACAGUCAGUCGUCAAUAGUCAGAACUUGUGGGAUGAGAUGUUGCUGAACAAAGGCUUAACAGUGAUUGAUGUAUACCAAGCCUGGUGUGGACCCUGCAAAGCCGUGCAAGCUUUAUUCAGAAAACUAAAAAAUGAACUGAAUGAAGAUGAGCUUCUUCAUUUUGUCGUGGCGGAAGCUGACAGCAUUGUGACUCUGCAGCCAUUUAGAGAUAAAUGUGAACCUGUGUUCCUCUUCAGUCUUAAUGGUAAAAUUAUUGCAAAGAUUCAGGGUGCAAAUGCACCACUUAUCAAUAGAAAAGUCAUUGCAUUGGUAGAUGAAGAGAAGAAAAUUGUAGCAGGUGAAAUGGCUCGUCCUCAGUACGUUGAAAUUCCACUAGUAGACUCAUUGGACGAAGAAUAUGGGGAAGUGCACUAUGAAAGUAAUGUGGAAGUUUACAAUAUGGCAGUUAUCAACCCUGAUGCUGUACUCAUGAGAAAAAAUGUGGAAAUUAAGGAAAAAAUAACCAAAGAAGGAUUUAUCAUAGAAAUCCAGGAAAACAUGCUUCUCCCCGAAGAGGUAGUGAGGGAAUUCUACAAUCAUAUGAUAGAUGAGCCUGACUUUGAAGAGUUUGUAUAUUCUAUGACAAACCGCCUAAGCUGUGUGCUCAUUAUAUCUCAAGGAGAAGACACAGAGGUUAUUGAGGAGGAAGCUCUCCCUCAGUCUGAUGCAGAAGAAGAAGAAGGAAAAGAAGAAGAAGAAGAAGAAAAAGAAGAAGAAGAAGUAGUAGUAGUAGAAGAAGAACCUGACCCUUUGGAAGAGCCUCACGUUAAGUUUGCACCUAUGCCGGUAAAGAAGAAACGGGACAGUUUGCAAGAGUAUAUGGACCGACAACAUAUGUCUGAUUACUGUCAUGUCGAGGAUGAUGCGGUUAAGGUGUCCAAGUACAUUGACAUAUUAUUCCCUGAUUUUAAAACCAUGAAAAGCACGAAUGUACAAAGGACACUAGGAAUACUGUAUCCAGAAGUCUGCGAGGAAGAGAAAGAUAAUGUGUUGGACAUUAUUCAAAAUGAAGGGUUCACCAUAUUGAUGCAGAGGCAAGUCGUAUUAUCAGAGGAAGACGCAAGAGCAGUGUGCAGGGUCCAUGAGGACGAAGACUAUUUUGAUAAUCUUAUAGGAUACAUGUGCAGUAAUAACUCUUAUAUCCUUGUUCUAAUGAGGGAACAUGGUGUGGAACAUUGGAAAGAGUUAAUCGGGCCUAAAACUGUUGAGGAAGCUUAUGCAUCUCAUCCAGACAGUUUAUGUGUACGGUUUGCUUCAGAAAAUUUUCCUGUCAACCAGUUCUAUGGGAGCAAUUCAAAAGCAGCAGCUGAGACGGAAAUAGAGCAUUUCUUCCCUCCUCAGAGUACGCUGGCAUUGAUUAAGCCUCACGUGUCACACAAAGAAAGAAUGGAGAUUCUGAAGGCCAUUAGAGAUGCAAGAUUUGAGCUGACCCAGUUGAAAGAAAUGCACCUGACUCCAGAGCAUGCAAGCAAAGUUUAUUUCAAAAUAACAGGAAAAGAUUUUUAUAAAAAUGUAUUGGACGUCUUAUCUUCGGGCAUGUCAGUAGUCAUGAUUCUGACCAAGUGGAAUGCUGUUGGAGAAUGGAGGCGAAUGAUGGGCCCAGUAGACCCAGAAGAAGCAAAACUGCUGUCUCCAGAUUCCCUCCGAGCCAAAUAUGGAGUAGACAUUUUGAGAAAUGCUCUCCAUGGGGCAUCUAACAUGGCUGAAGCAGCAACCGCCAUUAGUAAUGUGUUCACAGAGGGCAAUUUUGAGAACUAG